UUUCUGGCAGGACAAUCGAUAUGGCUCUCUUUGCGUUAUGCUGCACAGCAGACAUUCCGAGUUGAUGACCAGAGAAUCAAUAACUUCCUCGAGCAGACCUAUCAGAACAGCAGUAAAAUGGACUGUCAACCAAGUCUUUUGCUCAUCACAUCGUUGAGCGGCCUCGAUCCAACCAAACAAACUGCUGCAACAAUGCCACCAAUCAGCUCCUUCACAUCUCCGUUUAUUGGUACAUCGUCCGGCGAUGCUGCAAAGAUGCUUCAAUCAGUCGCCGCACCAAACAUCGUAGAUUCGAAUCUCUUCGCUGUGUUAGACGAAAGAUCACUAUACGAUGACUCUGGCUUGAUCGUUCGAGUCAAGGAUGGUGUGGUGGACCAUGUGCGUGUGCACUUCGACACUAUCAAUACGGAAUUGAUUCACAUUCAAGUGAUGACGGGCGAUAUUGCAGAGACUAAUUUCAUGGCCGGGGAGGGCGGGGUGUUCAGAGUUAGAUCAGAUGGGAGCAAGAAAGGAGGGCCUGCGCCGAGAAAGAAGUUGGGUGGA